AUGUUGUUGUAUUCCAGUGGACCGGAAGGUACUCCAUUUGAAGGUGGUGUUUUCGCUGUGCGUUUGAAUUUCCCAUCUGAUUAUCCUUUGUCUCCACCAAAAAUGCAAUUUCUGACUGAAGUAUUUCAUCCAAAUAUCUAUCCAGAUGGACGUGUAUGCAUUUCCAUACUUCAUGCACCUGGUGAUGAUCCAAUGGGUUAUGAAAGUUCCGUUGAACGUUGGAGUCCUGUUCAAUCAGUUGAAAAAAUUCUACUCUCUGUUGUUAGUAUGCUUGCAG